AUGAGUCUAUCAGUUGCCCGACCGCUCGUGUCGGUUUACACGGAGAAGAGCGAGGUCGUCCCCGACGCCUCCCUCCCCCUCCCGUUCGUGUUCAAGGCCCCCAUCAGGCCGGACCUGGUCAACGAUGUCCAUGUGUCCAUGUCCAAAAAUGCCAGACAACCUUACUCCGUGAGCAAGGAGGCCGGUCAUCAGACCAGUGCCGAGUCAUGGGGUACCGGUCGUGCCGUCGCCCGUAUCCCACGUGUGCGUGGUGGUGGUACCCACAGGUCCGGUCAGGGUGCCUUCGGUAACAUGUGUCGUGGUGGACGCAUGUUUGCGCCAACUAAGCCCUGGCGCCGUUGGCAUCGCCGCGUAAAUCUACGCCAGCGCCGCGCCGCCGUCGCCGCCGCCGUGGCCGCUAGCGGAGUCCCCGCUCUCGUUCAGGCUAGGGGUCACAUCAUCGAGAAGGUCCCAGAACUGCCCCUGGUGGUCUCCGACAAGGUUCAGGAGAUCAACAAGACCAAACAGGCUGUCAUCUUCCUGAGACGCAUCAAGGCCUGGUCUGAUGUACUGAAGGUGUACAAAUCCCAGCGCCUGCGCGCCGGUAAGGGUAAGAUGCGCAACCGUCGCCGCGUCCAACGCAAGGGACCCCUGAUCAUCUACCACAAGGACCAGGGUCUGACCCGCGCCUUCCGCAACAUCCCAGGCGUGGAGAUGCUGAACGUAGACAAGCUGAACCUGUUGAAGCUCGCCCCCGGUGGUCAUCUCGGACGCUUCUGCAUCUGGACCCAGUCUGCUUUCGACAGGCUUGACGCCCUGUUCGGCUCAUGGAAGACACCCUCAAAGGAAAAGAAGAACUUCAACCUGCCCCAGCCUAAGAUGGCCAACACUGACCUGAGCCGUCUGCUCAAAUCUGACGAGAUCAGGAAGGUGUUGCGCGCGCCCAACAAGCGCGUAGUCCGUGCAACAAGGAAGCUGAACCCUCUGACCAAUUCCAAGGCUAUGCUGAGACUGAACCCAUACUCGGCUGUGCUUAGAAGGAAGGCGAUCCUUGAUCAGCAGAGGAGGAAUAACGUUAAGGCUUUGGCUUUAGCUGAGAAGCGCGGUAUCAAGCUGCCGGAAAGCGAUCCUGCAGUCAAAGCAGAGAAGCUUCGUCAGCGAAGAGUGAAAUCAGCCAAGGCUGCUGCGGCAAAGAAACCCAAGAAGCCGGUAGCCAAGAAAACCGCCCCCCCUCCUCCCAAGAAGGCGAAAGGUGUCAAGAAAACUGGCCCCAAGAAGGUCAAAAAACCUGUAGCUAAGUGA